AUGGCUGGAGAGGAAUCUGGUGACGAUUCUCUUUACCCUAUUGCCGUACUCAUCGAUGAGUUGCGAAACGAAGACGUCACUCAUCGCCUAAACAGUAUUCGCAAGGUUUUCUUUGCAAAAAUAAGUUUUGUAAUAUUUCAAGUUCAGCUUUCUACCAUUGCUUUGGCGCUAGGAGUUGAGAGAACCCGAAAUGAGCUCGUUCAGUUCUUGACUGGUUUUUUUUCCCUUUGAAAUAAACUUAAAUAUUGCUUUAGACACGAUUUAUGACGAAGAUGAGGUUCUUCUUGUGCUCGCCGAGCAACUCGGAAAUUUCACACCUUUGGUUUGUUAUCUGGUUUAUGAAUGAGCGAUGAACACAAAGCUAUAAUUCAUAAUUAUUUUUCUUCUUCCUACGCCUUUGUACCGCUUGAGCGGCGUCGGCGCCUCAAGUCGAUGAGCCGAGGUCCUAUCAUGAUAUCAGUGGACUGGCUCCAGUGACAUAUCCGUCCUUGUGUGUGACGGCUGGGGAUUAUGAAGCCGUGGUUUCCCACUACCAAAAUUUCUUAAACCCCUUCGUUGGGUCGGGGCGGGGAUCGAACUUGUGACCCUGUGGACCGUAGGCAGGCACACAACCUGUUGCGCUACGGCGCGCCCAGUUCAUGAUUAUUUUUGAAAGAGAAAAAUCAGUUAUCCCUCUUCAGUUGAAUUUUUUUCCAAGUUUGAAUUAUGUAAAAAUUUUUCGCAGUGGAAGAUUUUACUUUUUUGAUUUUCUGUUGCAAGUAUUUGUGUUAAACUUUUUUUGGAGUGAAGAAAGGUAAAAAAAAUUUUGAAUUUAAGAAUGUUGCGAAAUUGAUUGACUCUGGAUUUACGAGAGAGCAGCAUCAAAAAAUUUAUGUUACCAUAGAAGUCCAAUAUAAAACUUUCUUAAACGAUCAGUUCACUAAUUGUUUCAACUUAGGUUGGAGGCCCCGACUACGUUCACUGUCUUCUGCCACCAUUAGAGAACCUGGCGACGGUGGAGGAAACUGUCGUCCGCGACAAGGCGGUCGAAAGCCUCCGCAAAAUCGCCGACAAGCACAGUACGGCCGCCCUCGAAGAAUACUUUGUUCCGAUGCUCAAGCGUCUUGGAAACGGUUUUUUUUUCUCUAGUAUUGAAGACAACUGAUUUAAUCUCAGGCGAUUGGUUCACGUCCAGAACCUCGGCCUGCGGACUUUUCUCCGUCGCCUACCCACGUGUCAGUCCAGCGCUCAAGGCUGAACUCAAGACGUAAAUUGGAUCAAGUGAAUGAAAAACGCCAUUAAAAACUUCAGUCUGUUCCGUACGCUUUGCCGCGACGACACUCCGAUGGUCCGCCGCGCCGCAGCUUCCAAACUCGGCGAGUUCGCCAAGGUCUACGAUAAAGAUGCCCUCGUCGACGACCUUCAUGGCAGCUUCUUGGAUUUGUCCGUUGACGAACAAGUUGGUGGAUGGAAAAUGAACAGAACCAGUGGCUCAUGUUAAGGACUCGGUCCGCCUUCUCACUGUCGAGGCCGCCAUCGCGUUUGCUUCGUUGUUGAACUCGGAAGACCGUACCAAGCUGGUCAAACCGAUUCUGUUGUCUCUUUUCGACGACAAGAGUUGGCGCGUGCGUUACAUGGUAGCCGAGAAGCUUAUCGAUGUGAGGAAUAAAUUAAAAUUGGAAAAAUAAAAGCUAGCAGAUUUUAAAAUUACUAUCGAAAUUAUAAUUUUUGAUUAUUAACGUUAAAUUGUUCUAUGUGGAAGAAAUUUCUGAAAGCCUAGGUCUCCCCAUAUUUCCUUCUUCCUGGACUUCUUGUCCACUUUCAUUAAGUUUCAGUUUAAUGUAUUUUAAACAACAGCUCGAUAAAAAGAAAUUUUCUUACAUACUGAGCUCUGUUCAGGGAAAAUGUUUUAAUUCUCAGACACGAGUACUAAGCUUGACGGGAUAAAUGUAGGGAAAAUGUAUGAAAAUACGUGUUCGGAACUUGUGGUGAUAAAGGGAAGAGAACUUAUUCAAAAAAAUAAACAUCUCAGAUACAAAACGCUGUCGGAGAAGACAUGACGGCCCAGGACCUGGUUGUCGCCUACACGAGUCUUCUGAAAGAUCCCGAGGGCGAGGUCCGCUGUGCUGCCACGCAACGUCUUCAAGGUGAGCGCUUUCAUCGAUUUUCGCGGAGGGUCAUCUGUUCACAGACUUCUGCGGUAACUUGAAGAAGGAUUCCCGUCAGGAGCUCAUCCUCAACCCAAUUCUUCUCUAUGUCAAGGAGCUGGUCAGCGACCCUAACCAGGUUAUUUAUUCAUCAAGUUGAAAUUAUUUCAUUUAUUUUUCUUAAGCAUGUCAAGACCGAGCUGGCCGGCGUCAUCAUGGGCUUGGCUCCUUUGAUCGGCAAAGAUCACACGAUCAACGAGCUUCUGCCCAUCUACAUGCAGCUCCUCAAGGACAACACUCCCGAAGUUCGGCUCAACAUCAUCAGCAGCCUCGAUCGGGUUUGCAAGGCGAUGGAGUUGUUCAACAAAUUGUUUCUCAGGUCAACGACGUGAUCGGCUCGUCGCAGCUGUCGACGUCUCUUCUGCCGGCGAUCGUCGACCUCGCCGAAGACGGAAAAUGGCGCGUUCGUCUGGCCAUCGUGCAGUUCAUGCCACUUCUCGCUGCCCAGCUCGGCCAGGAGUUUUUCGACGAGAAGUUGCUCCCGCUCUGCCUCAACUGGCUCGUCGACCAUGGUAUGAGAUGUCUACAGCAUAAGAACGGGAUCUUUUUUUUGACUAGAUUCGGAUCUCAUGCUUGAAAAUUUUUUCAAAAUAGUUCGAGUCGGCCUAAAAGUUGAUGGUUCAUACUUUUUUUUUUGUUAAAAACUUUAAACGCAAGUUUUUGAGUUCGGCUUUAAAAAAAAGAAUAUCUUUCGAUUUUUACGGCUUCUUCUAAAAUCAGCUGCAAUUUUUUUUAGAAGAGGCCGUGAGAAAUGUAUUCAGAGCUAAAAGAAAUUUUCAGUCUAUUCCAUCCGCGAGGCUUCUACUCUUAUCAUGAAGGAAUUGACGCAAAAGUUUGGCGGUGCUUGGGCCAGCGCCAACCUUGUGCCCAAGGUGCAGAAGCUCGCCAAGGUUCGAAAAAGCACGAGAAAAAGUAAUAAGUGUUUCGCAGGAUUCAAACUACUUGCAUAGAAUGACUUGCUUGUUCUGCUUGAACACGCUGAGUGAGGCUUUGAGCCCAGAACAAGUCCUCAAGGAGAUCAUUCCUAUCGUCAAGGAGGUUUUUCAUAUCAUAAUUGCAAAUUUAAAGAAUAAUUAUUCAGCUUUCUGAAGACAAUGUUCCGAAUGUUCGUUUCAACGCCGCCAAGAGCCUCAAGCGAAUCGGCAAAACUGUGUCACCCGCGUAUGUAGUUUUCGUGUCCACUCAAUUCUGAACUUGCCAUUUCCAGAGUCCUACAAUCUGACGUCAAGCCGAUGCUUCAGAAGUUGUGCAAUGACGCCGACUUCGACGUGAGAUUCUUUGCCGAAGAGUCCAAAAAUGGUUCGCUUUUUUCAAAAUUGCUUGACUAUCAUCUUUUUUUCAGCUCUGGGAGUUUGA